AUGUUUGUGCGUGAAGAGCAACGAAUAUGUGUACAUAUAACACGUAUAUCUGGAUACUCCAGAUCUAAACUAUUUCCAAGUCAAACAAAAACCAACCACGAUACAAUCGAGAUUUCGCGGAGAAGUGGAGAACGCGUUGAUCAUGCCGCCAAGGAGAAGGCGCUGCAGACUAUGUCGAGCAUGUCGAGCGCCCAGAUAGUAUCAGCUGGGAGUGCGAUACACAACAAGAUGCCCCCCGCCCUCGUGGGGCCCCUUGCCCUUCAUGCUUCCACCCCUGUCUCCUAUCCCGGAGCGGCGUCAACUUUCCAGCAAUUCUGGCAGCCGGGUCUGCAGCCAGGAACGUCACAGGAUGUCAAACCGUUUUCGCAACCAGCGUAUACUGGAAAACCAGCGACAGCGGUUUCAAGCGGUGACAUGGUCCAGGCUCAACCACCCCCGCCCUGGGAGGGACGUGCCAUCGCAACCCACAAGCUUAGGCUUGUCGAGUUCUCGGCCUACAUGGAACAACAGAGAGACCAGGAUAUUUACCACAAGCACCUGUUCGUCCACAUAGGAGGAUCGGCGACCUACGCGGAUCCGUUGCUAGAGGCUGUUGAUGUCAGGCAAAUAUACGACAAAUUCCCAGAGAAAAAGGGCGGCCUGAAGGAACUUUACGACAAGGGACCACAGGCGGCCUUCUUCCUCGUUAAAUUCUGGGCUGAUCUCAAUACGAACAUUCAGGAUGAGGCUGGAGCUUUCUACGGUGUAACAAGCCAAUACGAGAGCAACGAGAACAUGACGAUAACGUGUUCGACCAAAGUUUGCUCUUUCGGGAAACAGGUGGUGGAAAAAGUGGAGACGGAAUACGCUAGGUUCGAGAAUGGCAGGUUCGUCUACCGUAUUAGCCGUUCACCUAUGUGCGAAUAUAUGAUCAACUUUAUACAUAAAUUGAAGCACCUGCCGGAAAAGUACAUGAUGAACAGCGUUCUCGAGAAUUUCACCAUUCUCCAGGUUGUAACGAACAGGGAUACGCAGGAAACGUUAUUGUGCACAGCGUACGUGUUUGAAGUGUCGACGUCCGAGCACGGUGCACAGCAUCACAUAUACAGAUUGAUCAAGGAUUAG